AUGGCGUCCACACAAUUAACGGAUGAGGAGCUUUACUCAGAGUUAAAGCGCCUUGGAUUUACCCCAGGCCCAGUCAGCGAGCACACACGGCCUGUAUACUUGAAAAAACUUAAAAAACUUCGGGAGGAACAACAGCAAAGAGCUAGAAGCGGGAAAACACGCAACAGCGGGAGCAUCAACAACAGUGGCGGUGGUGGCAACAGCAGUAACACAGCGGCGGGAGCUUCGGGAUUCAGAGCCAGGCCAGGGAGCAAUGACGUCACGAACCUGAACGCAACCCGAAGCCCCGGCGGUCGUCCUGAUCUGAACGCAAAGCGCAGUAGCAGGGGAGGAAAGUUCGUUUUGGGAUUCAGUUCGGACGAGUCGGAUGCCGAAGCCUCCCAGAAAAAAGGAGGCCCAAACCAUAGUGGUAGCAGGAAAGAUCGAGGCUCCGCGUUGCAGCAGGAGAUAAGGCCUACAGGAACACCCACCGCUGCUCGCAGGAGUUCAGGAAUUGGCGUGAGUAGCAACAAAUCCCCUAUCGGGUUACUGGAGGCAAGAAAAGGCGUCCCCGAGUCGUCUUGGUGGGGAGACCGGGAAAAAUCUAGCAUCAGGCUCUCACAUUCCACCGUUAGUAACAGUUAUGAUGAAGCCAACGAAGACAACGAUUACGAGGAGGAGUCAGAGAGGGACAGUCGGGCUGUGAACGGGAGUAGGGUGUCUCACACAUCGAAUACACUCGUCGGGGAUUAUUCAGAUUCGGAAGAAGAGGAAGGGAAUCAGUCCGAGCGAGAACGUCAGAGGGAACGUCGUCUGCUCUCUAGACGGAGUCUGCCGAAAUCUGCGUCCUACCAAUACAGAAGUGUCAAGGGGUCGGAAAGCAGCCAGGAAAGGGCGUCAGGCGUAAGCAGAGUAAAUGGCACUCCUGGUAACCGUCUAGACAUGACUGGUGAACGGGGGGAGGACGAUGACGAGGAAACGAGGCACUUUGGUGAAUUGGUGCUGAGUGGCAGCUCGUUGAGCCGCAGCUAUCCAAAAAGACAUAGCUUUGUCUUCGGCGACAUGGGCGAAAGCAGCGGGGAGAGCAGCAACAGCAGCCAGACUGCAUACAGCAAAAACCACGUCGACAACGGAGAGGACACUGCCAGCAGGAGCAGGUCCAACAUAGGGCUCAGACCUCGGUUUUCCACGUACAACAGUAUCUCACCGACGUACCGUCCUAACCACUCAAAUCACACGAGCUCCAACCAUGCUUACGGCCAGGCGAGUAUCAAGCGGAAGCAUUCGGUCCCGGAGGACGAGCUCCUUCAACAAUUUAAAAGGGAAGAGGUGACUGCCACGGGAGGCUUCAGCGCACAUUACCUGUCCAUGUUCCUCCUCGCGGCUGCUUGUUUGUUCUUCGUGCUGCUAGGCCUCGUUUACGUGCGUAUGCGAGGCGCCACACCACCAGGUGAUGUCAUCAAGAGCCAUCCAUUUGGUGCAGAGUUUGAUACCUCUUAUGACAACAAAGAGAAAGACAUAAUUCUGAAACUCCUCCUCCACCUUCAUGAUCAUUUGGCCAACAUAGCAGGAGAACAUGACUGUGGAGAUCACAACCAUCCGUCAAACAGAAGUCUCUCCAUAACCCAGGCCUCUAACUAUUUGAAGCUUCAAAAUGAGGCCUAUGAAGACUUUAUGAUGACUGCUCUUGAGUGGAUUAUUCGAACCGGGCAGGAUGUUGGCAUAAGGUUAAUUGGUGCUAUUCCUGAGGAACCUGUGGUAGAUGUGUCAGAGAUCUCUCGUUUGGAGUCCACACAUCCCCGAAUGUCCUUUGUCUGUCGCUUUAGGCGCGCUUUCUUCACUGUCAUUCACAGGGUGCUGCUUAUUCUCGCAGGAAUUGGUAUAGUGUGGGGCUUGCUGUCCUAUAUGAAAUACCGCUGGAGGAGAGAGGAAGAAGAGACCAGACAGAUGUAUGACAUGGUGGAGAGGAUAAUUGACGUUUUGAGGAGCCAUAGUGAGGCAUGCCAGGAGAAUAAGGACCUGCAGCCCUACCUGCCAAUACCUCAUGUUCGUGACUCACUCAUUCAGCCACAAGACAGGAAGAAAAUGAAGAACGUGUGGAAAAGAGCUGUGGCAUUCCUGUCUGCAGAUGAGUCUCGCGUCAGAACAGAAUCACAAAGGAUUGGGGGAGCAGACUUCACUGUUUGGAGGUGGCUGCAGCCCUCCACGUCCUGUGACAAGAUGUCCAGUUCACCCUCCAAAGUGUGGCAGGGCAAAGCAUUCCCUUUGGACCGGAGGAAUUCUCCACCUAACAGUUUAACGCCAUGUCUGAAGAUUCGCAACAUGUUUGACCCUGUAAUGGAAGUAGGGGAGAACUGGCACCUUGCAAUUCAUGAAGCCAUCCUGGAGAAAUGCAGUGACAACGAUGGUAUUGUCCACAUCGCUGUUGAUAAGAACUCAAGAGAGGGCUGUGUUUAUGUGAAGUGCCUCUCUGCGGAACACUCCGGCAAAGCAUUCAAGGCUCUUCAUGGCUCCUGGUUUGAUGGUAAACUGGUGACUGUGAAGUAUCUGCGUCUGGACCGCUACCACCAGCGAUUUCCGCAGGCACUGAACUGCAACACACCGCUCAAACCGUCCAGCUCGUCCAUGAACUCUAUGUCACGCACGCAUCAGCGAAGCUGCUCCAGCUCGCUGGGCUUCUCAUGAGGGAAGGGUGUAGGCGUCCUCCACCUCUUCCACUAUCAUCCCAGGGCCUCACCAGCUCCAUUUAUCAAAUCCCACCCACCACUCCUCCUCUGACGAUUGAGAACCAAGCUUGGGUGCUUCCACUCUGCGCACCCAUGGUUCAGUCUCCUGGUCAGCAUGCGAGUGUUGGCUUUUGAACCUGCGACCGUCCGCGUGUCUAUGAAGCUAAGCAUGGAGAGCAAGAACUGGAAGGUAUCACGGAGGUGUUGAUGUUUUCUUGUCCUGUUGAAGCUUUGCAUGGGAGAGCCAGUUUCUCUUAUCGGAACAUCCCCUUUCCUGCUACUCUGGUGCAGGAGAUGCAAUUUCCAUUUGUAUUUCUCUUUUUUUGUUUGUUUGUUUUUUUUUCCAGACUGUCUUUGUAGAUUAAACAAGGAAACGAAAGGCCUCUGGUUCUAAUGUUAAUAUUUAAAACGAUAUAUGAGAGGGAUUCCCCAGACCCUUUUUAUUCAAAUGGCCCUCCUAUGUUUCAUGGAGUGUUCUUGGGCUCUACCUAGCAGCAUGUGCAGGUUAAAAAUUGCCUAUAUUUAUGCUUUGAAUUGUAACAUUUGAUAUGGAUGUUUAUUUCCCUAAGGCAUUUUAAGUGAUGUAAUCCCUUUUUAUUUUGUAGUUUUGUUUAGUCCAAGGCGGAAGACAUGCACACACGCAUAAGGGAGUGCUGUAUAUAUUCAAAUGGAAACGGUGGUGGUUGAACAUGUAUAAAAUUCAAAUCAUAAACACGUUAUUUCUUGCCAACAGUUAUUAAGACUGAAUGCAUUCACAUUCUGAGGAUUAUCAGGGGCAAGGGUUGACCACAGGGCUUGUGUGAGUUGAGCAGCAUUGCGAUUGAUGAUGUGUGAAAGUAGAGCAGUAUGGCGUAAAAGCAGUCAGCUUCCACACUGUUGGUUUACCAUUGGUUGGUUUACUCAUUUUCCAUUCACUGCCACAUGUUUCUCCAACAUUCACCUCAACCUUCUCUGCCAGGUUAUAUUCCAGUGUACUCUAAUGUAAUAUGUUUUGUUUAUGUUUUAACAGUUAUGCUUUUUUCCUUUAUAAUUGGUGCAUUUUGAUAUCGUAAAUUUUCCUCCAUGUUAAACUUGGCUGGUACAUGUGAACAGUAGCACAUAAGAAACAAUGAAAUGAUCUGCCAGUCUGCUGGAGCUGUGAGAAGGUCGCCAGAAAGAAAAAUAUGAUAGUAAUGGUUUUUGUUAUUUCUUUUGUCCCCCCGCCCUCGAAUACCUUCAGCAGCUCAGUAGUAUGACCUUCUCUACAUACUACAUGCACUGAGCCCCAUACCAUCGCCUCACCGUUGUCACCGGUGUCUGUUUAUUUGGUUAAGAAUUCCAGUUAUUUGCUAAGGCCUUUGGCAUGCAGUAAAAAUUGUUAGCACUUGAAACAACACAGUGAUUUGUGCGUUUGUAAAUACACUAACCACUAAAAACGUGGAUGCCAAAACAUUUGCACAUGCUAAAGGUUUAGAAAAUGAAGCUUUUUGGAGAACAGCUACUGUCUUUACCUCAGACACCAGUUAUUUCUAUUAAAAAAGCCUUGAGGGGUUGCCCAGUCCUGUCAUAAUCUCAUUAACCAGUUAGCCAUGUUGACAGUGUAUGUCAUUUUGCAGUCACUUUUUUUUUUUUUAAGUAAAGUU